AAAGCAUUUCUCAUCACAUCGAGAGAGCAAAUUUCCAGGCAUGUGUUUGGAACAGAGCUUUACAUCCAUUUCAAAGCAUACCCUCGCCAGCAGGAAAUGGUUGGAAAUUGGAAGAUGGAAAGCCAGUUCCUGUGUUGAUGACAUGGAACCCCGCCCCAGUAGGCAUAGUGGAGUUGACAACGUGCCGCUGCACAACUUCCGAGUGCAAACGGAAUUGUAAGAGAAAUGACCUUGCAUGCACCGAAGCUUGUUUAUGCAUGGCCGACGAAAAAUGCAGCAACCCUUUCAACGAAGAAUCCCAUGUCUACGGUGACUCCAGUGACUCCGAGACUGAAUGA